UCUUUCACGUUGUCUCGUCGCGUACGGUUUUGGUUGGUCUAGGUUCCGCGGAGUGUGACUAGUUAGGGGAUUUCACUUUUUUUCGGUUGCUAAAUUUUCUGGACAACAAUUGUUUCAACAAGUUCAAGCUCCUCAGGACUUGAAGUGGGUGUGCUUGGGAGUGAAUCGAUACAGUGAACUGUUGUGGGAAUAGUGCUUUGCUUAGGAAUUGGGGUGAAAGAUGAUUUCCAAACUGCUAGUCCUGACCUGCCUGGUGGCGGCCGCUCUCUGCGAAGCCAAACUGAAGGUCGACGUGGUCAACGUGCCGGAGGGAUGCACCACCAAGAGCAAAAACGGCGACAUGCUGACGAUGCACUACACCGGCAAGCUCACCGAUGGAACCAAAUUCGACUCCAGCUUUGAUCGCGAUCAGCCAUUCACCUUCCAGCUGGGAGCCGGACAGGUCAUCAAGGGAUGGGACCAGGGAUUGACCGAUAUGUGCGUCGGUGAAAAGCGUAAGCUGACCAUCCCACCAGAGUUGGGCUACGGAGACCGUGGAGCUGGAAACGUGAUCCCCGGCGGAGCCACCCUGGUGUUCGAUGUGGAGCUGAUCAACAUCGGUGACACCGCGCCGACCACCAAUGUGUUCAAGGAGAUCGACGAGAACAAGGACAUGCAGCUGAGCCGGGAGGAGGUCAGCGAAUACCUGAAGAAGCAGAUGGUCGCCGCCGACGGUGGUCAGGAAUCCGAGGACAUCAAGAACAUGAUCGCCGAGCACGACAAACUGGUGGAGGAAAUCUUCCAGCACGAGGACAAGGACAAGAACGGAUAUAUCUCACACGACGAGUUCUCCGGACCGAAGCACGACGAGCUGUAAAAUUCGCCCUGCCUUGGUGGCGUUCACUCCAGUUUUAGUUCAUAGUUCGUAGUCUCACCCAACCAACAAAGCGGCGAAAACAACAACCACAAUGUUCUUCCUUUUGAGAUUGAUCGAAGGGAAACGGCGAAGCGUCGUUUUCCCCGGAAUUAGUUUUCUUUUAUCGUUUUGAACAACUUUUUAGGUACUCGUUAAUCGUUUCGGCAGCCGUCACAGCCUUUUUUAUGGCGCGAAUAGGUGCUGUUGUAAAGUUUUAUUUUCCUAAACCUGUUAACUAUCGUUGGAAUUUUUUAAUGACAUGAAAGUACACACUAUUUAUUUUAAAGGUAGUUUAAUUUUUGUCCGGAUAUGUACUUGAUUGCGUUCAAGUAGGGAAAGAAAUGUUGUCUAUAGAUUUGUAAUUUUACACAUAGUAGAAAAAAGGAAUGUUUUUGGGAGCGUAUAGUCAAAUCGUGGUUUCUGUUUAUGUACAUACGUUGAAUUUACGGAAUAAGGCAGAAAAUUUAUUGUCUAUUGAGUUUUUACAUUCCAUUGGAGAUAGGGUAACCAAAAUUUAAAAUGAAAUUAGUCAAACAAAUAAAAACCCAUGUAUGGUAAGCCAGUUCGACCAUGAUUGAAUUUCAGACAAAACGCGUAAAUAAUGAAACCCAUUCCAGUUUUGAGCGCAGCACAAGCAUACACAUGAAAUACACACAAGAAAAAGACAUAUCACUUAAAAAAAAUGGAAAAUAAAGACUUUUUUGUACAGAA